CGCAUCUCAAAAUGAACUAUAUGCCUGGCACCGCCAGCCUCAUCGAGGACAUCGACAAAAAACACUUGGUACUAUUGCGAGAUGGAAGGACACUUAUAGGCUUUUUGAGGAGCAUUGAUCAGUUUGCUAACUUAGUGCUACAUCAGACUGUGGAGCGUAUUCAUGUGGGCAAAAAAUACGGUGAUAUUCCUCGAGGAAUUUUUGUGGUCAGAGGAGAAAAUGUGGUCCUCCUAGGAGAAAUAGACUUGGAAAAGGAGAGUGACACACCCCUUCAACAAGUAUCUAUUGAAGAAAUCCUGGAAGAGCAAAGAGUGGAACAGCAGACAAAGCUGGAAGCAGAGAAGCUGAAAGUUCAGGCACUUAAGGACCGAGGGCUCUCCAUUCCUCGAGCUGAUACUCUAGAUGAGUAUUAGUCUUCUGCUGAGGCUACUCACUCUUGGAGAACGGGGAUAGCACAGACGGAGAGAUAUCGUGUUUACCUCACACAGUUUGACUGAAGACUGCAGAGUUUUGAAAAACCAUUUUUAUUUUUAAUUCCUUGCAUUUGCAACAUGAAAUCAUGGAUUUUUUUUUAAUACUAAAUCAUCGUUGAAAGAGGCAUCAACUCUUCACAUUACUGUAGAGCUAGCAACAACAACUUUGUAUUGCUCCUCAUCUCAAAUUUGACUUUACUGGGGACAUUCUUCGUUUACCUGUAAAUAAAUACAAAAAUCAAAA